AUGAGUCAGGUGUUUGUAGCUAAAGUCAAAAAUGUGUUAAACGGUGACACCAUUGUUCUUGUGCCAUCCAAGACCACACAAGUGCCUGCUCCUGAAAGGGUUUUAACCUUAUCCUACGUGAGAUCAAACGACUCGUUUGAAUCGAGAGAAUUCGUCAGACAGUUGUUAAUAGGAAAAGACGUAAAGUUUAAGGUGGAGUAUAAAAACCCAACUACUGGAAGAGAGUUUGGCGAUGUUCAAGCUCCUAUCUUCAAGUCUCUUGCUGCAUAUUUGGUUGAAAGAGGUAUUGUGAAGUUGAAGGAUAAUAUCAACGAAGACUCUGAAUUUAUUGAAAACCUUAGAGCAUUGGAGGAAAAGGCCAAGACCAAAAACGAAGGAUUGUGGGAUUCAUCGGUCAAGCCUAUUGAAGUUGUAGCCAUUGAUGAAGCGAUCAUCGAAAAGUCCCAGAAAAACCCAAUAACCACUAUUGUGGAAAGAGUCAUUUCUGGUGACAGAGUUAUUGGAAGAAUCAUUGUCAACAAGCACCAACAUGUUUCUACUCCAUUGUUGUUAGCUGGUCUCAAGUGUCCAAGAACGGACGAUGCUUCUCAAUCUAAAUUGUUGACUACUACUGCUCAACAAGCCAAGCUGUUUGUGGAAGACAAAUUCUUGACCACAAAAGCAGUUUUGAAGGUCAAAAUCGUCGGUGAGAACCAAGCUGGUUUGCCAGUGGCCUUAUUUGAGCAUCCUUCUGGUAACAAUAUCCACGAGAAGUUAUUGGAGAACGGACUUGCUGAAGUUGUUGAUUGGCAAUCAACUUUGAUUGGCUCCAGUACUAUGUCGGGGUUGAGAAAAGCUGAACAAACUGCUAAGGCAUUGGGAAAGGGCAUGUAUGCUACCGCUAAACCAUCGGGAACUUCUUCCACUGGUGCUUUGAGUGGUAAGAUCUCUACCAAGCACUUGAGACCAGGUUUAACUAUUGAUGGUGUCACCAUCACCAGAGUUGUUCAGGCCGAUACUUUGAACAUCAGAAUACCAUCUGGAGAAGAGAUCACCGUUCAAUUGGCGUCUGUGAGAGCCCCAAAGCCUAACGAUUCCACUGUGACUUCCAAUAAACAACUCCAACUUGCCAUUGCCAAUAGUGCAAGAGAAUUCGUUAGACAAUAUGCAGCUGGAAAGUCGGCUACCGUGUACAUCGAUGGUUUCAGAAACGCAAACAAAGAGUUGGGUUUUGACUCCAGAUUUUUAGUUAGUGUCAAGAUUGGCAAAACUGAUUUGAGUGAAUUAAUACUUGAAAAUGGUUGGGCCGGAGUUAUCAAGCAUAAUAAGCAAACAUUGGAUGAAAGAUCUUUGAACUGGGAUAAGUUGGUUGAGAUCGAGGAAGAGCAGAAAAGAUUGGGGAAGAAUGGUGUCUAUUAUAAAGGGGAUAUCAGUAAGAUUGUUACUGUCGGUACAAGAAUUGUUGAUGCUUCGGAAAAUUCUGCCAGGGCCAAAUCUUUCUUUGGUGGUUUUAAGCAAAAGGGUAGAAUUGGUGGUGGUUACCAUGUUGAGUUUGUUCCAUCUACAAGUAAAGUUCGGUUAUUCAACCCUAAGGAAGGUCUUAAAUUGACGUUGAUUUUGGGAGGAUUAUCUAACCAGAAAAAUGAAGUUUCUGAAGAAGGUUUGAAGUAUUUGAACUCCAAAGUUCUCCAGAAAAAUAUUGAAUUUGAGGUCUACGACAUGGACAAAAUUGGUGGAUUCAUUGGUAACCUUUUCUUAAACAGCAGCAGCUUAAAACCAUUCCAGGUCAAUUUGUUAGAACAAGGAUAUGUUCAAACCCAUGAUAUCGCUGUUGGUUUCAACUCUUUUGAAAAAGAUUUAGUGACAGCUGAGGAUUCUGCAAAGAGCUCCAAGAAAGGAUUGUGGGCACAUGAACGUGUUGAUCAAAUUGCCCAAGACUUUUCAAAGGUACAACUUGAAGUAAAGCCAAUUUUCAGGGAUAUUGAGGUAACUUAUGUUGAUUCCACCGGGGUUAUCUAUUUUCAAAACUUAGAUGCUGCCGUGAAAAGCAAGUUCAAUCUGUUCAAACAAGAAUUUGAUGAAUUCCACCAACAGAUUCCAAGUGCCACGAGUGUUUCCUCAGACUUACCAUUCAACUUGACGAAAGCUCCAAAGAAGAAUGAAUACGUUUCUAUCAAAUUGGAGGAUAACAACAAGUACUACAGAGGUAAGGUCUUGGGUUACAACAAAGCAACCGGACUCUAUGAGGUUAAGCACAUUGACUAUGGCAAUGUCGAUGAAGUUCCAUUAUCUUCAUUGAGAGCUUUACCUCUUUUCUACUCCGUGGGUGCUAUUCCAGCAUUUAGUAACUCCUGUAAGUUACAGUAUGUUGAAUUGGCACCUUCUAAACCUGUUGACUAUUUAACAGAAUCAUUGAACUUACUUGAUGAGUUAACGUUCGAGAAGAAACUUGUUAUCUCAGGCUUACCAUCAAAGACUACCGGUGUUGACUACGACGUUAUCUUGUACGAUUCCGAAGCAUCUUUGAAAGACCCAACUCAUACUCUUAACAAACAGAUGGUCAAAAAAGGGUUAGCGAUUGUUGAUGAAAAACAAAAAUCGACCAAUGAGAUCUUUGCCCAAUUAAAAGCAGCUCAAACAGCAGCCAUCAAUGCCCAUAAAGGUUGUUGGGAAUAUGGUGAAGUAGCAUUUGAAGAAGAAGAUUAG